AUGGGGGAGGCGCCCAGCCCCGCGCCCGCGCCCUGGGACCGGGACCACCUGGGCCGCUGCUUCGCCCGCCACCGCGUCUGCAUCUCGUUCGGCCUGUGGAUCUGCGCCGCCUCCUGCUGGAUCGCCGCCCACGCGCUGCUUCUCUAUCUGAGAUGUACAAAGAAAUCCAGACAGGACCAGUCGGCAUUGUGUGCUGCCUGCUGCCUCCUGACCAGUCUGUGUGACACCGUGGGGGCGAUUCUGGCCAGACAACUCACGAUCCAGGUUUUCACUGGUGCCUACCUAGCAGCUAUUGAUUUAGUGAACUUUAUGUUCACUCUCUUCCCAGUCUGCGGAUCCAAAUUCAAGUCUACUUCAGGUUGGGGCACCCCAAAGAGGAAGAGGAGGCGGCGGCUCAGGGCCAGUGUAUUUGCCCUGGCUCUGCCACUGAGCCUGGGCCCAGGCUUGGCUCUCUGGGCUGCUGUCCCGAAAGCACCAGUCCAAGGGCCGCAGCGGAGGCUGCUGGGAAGCCUGUUGCAGGAAAAUACUGAAAUCCUCGGCUACCUGCUGGGUGGCAUCGCUGCCUUUGGCUCCUGGGCUUCCCGGAUCCCCCAACUCUCCAGAAUCUGCCAGGGGAAGACUUUUCCCUUCAUCCACCUGUGGGCCCGGCUCCUGUCGGCCCUGGCUGGCCUUCUCUAUGCCUCGGCCAUCGUGGCCCAUGACCGGCAGCCUGAGUACCUGCUGCGGGCCACACCCUGGUUCCUGACCUCCCUCGGCCGUGCUGCGCUGGACCUCGCUAUCAUUUUCCUUUCGUGUGUGAUGAAGAGCAAGAUGAGACGGGCCUUCAGGUUUGCCACUGAAGCCAGAGAGAGCCCCGACACCCAAGCCCUUUUGACCUGUGCAGAGAAAGAGGAAGAAAAUCAGGAGAAUUCGGAUUGGGUGCCUCUUACCAUGCUGUCACACUGCAAGUCACUGAGGACAAUGGCAGCAAUCAGUCACUACAUGGAGCUGACCAUUGAGCCCGUGCAGCAGGCAGGCUGCAGUGCCACUAGGCUGCCUGGCGAUGGACAGAUGAGUGCUGGCGACCCAGCCCUGCAGGAGCCCCCCUCGUACCCUCCCGUUCAGGUCAUCCGGGCCCGAGUGUCUUCCAGCAGCUCCUCUGAGGUCUCCAUCAACUCUGACCUGGAGCAGAAGUAUUGGGAGGCCCUAAACUCAGAGCAGUGGGACCCUGACGACAUGAGCCUUGAAGAGAACAAAGACAACAUGGAGAUGCUCAGAUCCCAGGUGCACAAGGGCUCUUUGAGGCCAGUGGAUUUGACCUCUGAUGAUUAACACU